UCUGUAUAUCAGUACUGCAUACAAGCAAGCAGCAAAAACUACCCAUCUGCAUGUUCAGAAGAAUCCUCUCCCGAAGCCACCUGUGCCUUCACUGGAACAUACCCUGAAACGAUAUCUAGAAUAUGCAUCAGUGGUAGUUAAAAAUGAUCAAACGAAAUUAUCACGCACUGAAAAAGCAGUUGAUGAUUUUCGAAAUACUGGUGCAAGAUUGCAAAAAAAGCUUGAAAAAAUAGCAAAUGAGCAAGAUAAUUGGAUCAAUCAAUUCUGGUUACCAGAAAUGUAUUUGAAAGUAAGACUUCCAUUACCAGUAAAUUCUAAUCCAGCUUAUAUUUUUCCACAACAGAACUUCAACAAUAUGAACGAACAGUUGAGCUAUACGUCUUGCCUCAUUCGUGGAUUUUGUGAAUACAAAGAUUUAAUCGACAGUGCUAAAACUACUACAGUAUCAUUUCCAAACACUUCAUUACCAUCUCCAGUUAUGUCGGAUUCGCUAUAUUCGGUCACCACCCCAUCACCUUUACCAGUAUGGUUAAAACUGCUACCGGUUAAACAAAAAAAUUUUCUUCUGUCGCUUACCCCAAUGAUCAACCAAAUGAAAGGGUUGGCUUUAGGUACUUCUUGCUCGCACUUAGUGCUAAGUGAACUUGAUUGUAUGCAAAUUGAGGUAUCUUGUCUAAUAAAUGGCGAGAGAUGGCAGUAUCCCGAAAAUCCAAUCAUCACAAAUGAAGUUAUUGGAGAUGAUGGACGAAAAAAACCAAUUACCGCCAAAUAA